UCAGCGCUCCAGCCAGCUUGUAGGGAACAGGUGUCUUCCUGGAACCCCCGCCCAGGCGCGCCCCACCCCGCCCCCCGCUGGCCCCGCUGUACACUCCGGGUCCCAGCUGAGUCCCCUGCCACUCGUCCAUCCUUCCUGAUCCUCUGGAGAAGGGGCACGUGUCCAUUUGGGGGAUUCAGAGGGCGCUGAGGCUUAGGCAUGCCUGGCAUUCCACUGGCUAAAAAGUUAGGGAGGUGGGGCCAUCCGAGCUGAGAUCGGGGAGAUACAAGACCGGGCCGUGCCACCGUUUCCAAAUUUGCUUCUCGGCUGCCCUAAAGAGAAUUCCUGCCCCUCUAUUCUAGGGCGAAGAAGUUAAAAUUAGGGUCAGUCGUGCAGGACUGAUUCGCAGAUGCGGGGAAGCUAACCCCAGAAAUAAGCUAGUUUCCCACCGCGAGGGGCGGGGCGGGGGCCUAAGGUCCUUCCAGCACCAAGGCUCGGCAAGGCCGGCCCCUCCCAGCAGCCGGAGAGGGUCUUCUCCCAAGCUCUAAAAUCCCAGGCGCCGCUGACCCUUCCCAAGUGUGCAAACGUCUGCUCCCCGCCCGGCCCCCUGCUGCAGCCCCGGGUCCAGCCCGGCUGCCCGCCCCGCGGGGCGUCCGGCUCGUCUCCCGGCGCCGCUGCGCCAAGUGGAACCGCCAGCCGCACACGCUUUGCCGCGUGCCCGCGCCCCGCACUAGCGUUCCGCGGGUGGCCGGUGGCUGGCGGCUCGCACCUGGAGCCUCCCCUCCUCCUCCUCCUGCAAGCGUAACCAUGCUGUUCAGGGCCGUCCUCCUGGCGGUGCAAGCCCUGCAGCUGGCCGGCGCCCUGGACCUGCCUGCGGGCUCCUGCGCCUUUGAAGAGGACACUUGUGGCUUUGAUUCAGUGUCGGAGUUUCUGCCUUGGAUUUUGAAUGAGGAAGGCCAUUAUGUUUAUGUGGACGCCUCCUUUGCCAAGCAGGGGGAGAAAGCCGUGCUGCUCAGUGCAGACUUGCAGGCUGAGGAAUGGAGCUGCCUGCGCCUGGUCUACCAGAUAACCGCGUCGUCACAGCCUCUCUCAGAGCCCAGUCAGCUGAGCCUCUAUGUGAGGCUCGAAGACGAAAACUUGGAUCGCUUGCUUUGGUCGGCUAAGGAACCCUCGGAUAGCUGGCUCAUAGCCAGCCUGGAUUUGCAAAACAGUCCCAAGAAAUUCCAGAUUUUAAUAGAAGGAGUACUAGGACAAGGAAACACAGCCAGCAUCGCACUGUUUGAAAUCAGGAUGACAACUGGCUACUGCAUUGAAUGCGACUUUGAAGAAAACCAUCUGUGUGGCUUUGUGAACCGCUGGAACCCCAACGUGAACUGGUUUGUUGGGGGAGGAAACAUCCGGAACUCUCACUCCGUGCUCCCACAGGAUCACACCUUCCAGAGCGAGCUGGGCCACUACAUGUACGUGGACUCAGUGUACGCGAAGCACUUCCAGGAGGUGGCGCAGCUCAUCUCGCCGAUGACCACGGCACCCAUGUCCGGUUGCUUGUCCUUUUAUUACCAGCUGCAGAAGGGCGACGGCAAUGUCUUCUCCCUGUACACUCGGGAUGGGUCUGGCCUCUAUGAGGAGAUCUGGAAAAUGGACACUCUGGGGAGUGCGGCCUGGAACCUGGCGGAGGUUGAGUUCAGCGCCCCUUACCCCAUGGAGGUUAUUUUUGAAGUGGCUUUCAGUGGUCCCAAGGGAGGGUACGUGGCCCUGGACGACAUUGCCUUCUCCCCCGUUCACUGCCAGAAUCACACAGCCAUGCCCUUCAGCACUGCGGAAGCAAGCUGUGACUUUGAGGCAGAUCUCUGCAAUUUCUACCAGGAUAAAGAAGGUCCAGGUUGGACCCGAGUGAAAGUAAGACCCAAUAUGUAUCGGGCUGGAGACCACACCACAGGCUUGGGAUACUACUUGUUGGCCAACACCAGGCUCACCUCCCAGCCUGGCUACAUUGGAAGACUGUACGGUCCCUCUCUCCCAGGAAACGUGCAGUAUUGCCUGCGUUUCUAUUAUGCCAUCUAUGGGUUUUUGAAAAUGAGCGAUACCUUAGCAGUUUACAUCUUUGAAGAGAACCAUGUGGUUCAGAAGGUCUGGUCUGUGCUGGAGUCGCCCAGGGGCGUGUGGACGCAGGCUGAGGUCGCCUUUAAGAAGCCCAUGCCGACCAAGGUGGUUUUCAUGAGCCUGUGCAAGAGUUCUUGGGACUGUGGACUUGUAGCCCUGGAUGACAUUACAAUCCAGUUGGGAAGCUGCUGGGCUUCAGAGAGACUCCCACCCGCGCCUGGAGAGUGCACUUUCGAACAGGAUGAAUGUGUGUUUACUCAGGAGGAGAAAAACCGGAGCAGCUGGCACAGGAGGAGGGGCGAGACGCCCACCUCCUAUACGGGACCCCAGGGAGACCACACGACUGGGGUAGGCUACUACAUGUACAUCGAAGCCUCCCACAUGGUAUACGGACAAAAAGCCCUCCUUUCGUCCAAGCCUCUGCGUGGAGUCCCCGGAACACACUGCUUGACCUUCUUCUACCACAUGUACGGAGCAGGCACCGGCCUGCUGAGUGUUUAUCUGAGAGAAGAAGGAGGCCGUGGAGAGGCCCUGCUGUGGAGGAAAAGGGGUGAGCAGAGCAUCUCCUGGCUGCGGGCACAGGUGCAGUACAGCGGCCCCAGGCGGCACCAGAUAAUUUUCGAAGCCAUUCGAGGAAUGUCCAUAAGAAGCGAUAUUGCCAUUGAUGAUGUUAAAUUUCAGGCAGGACCCUGCACAGAAAUGGAGGAUGCAGCUCAGCAGUCAUCAGGGUACUCUGAGGACCUGAAUGAAAUUGAAUAUUAAGAAAUCAUCGGAACAAGAUUGACUAUGCAAAUAAAUCAUACCUCUCUUCAGUGAAAAUGAAAACAAAGCAAAUGAAUCUUGGACAGUCGGAACCAUUUCACAGCUUGUGAAACGCCAUUUAAGGCACCCUUCUUCGUUACUUUUGCCAACAAAAUCCUGACUCAGGGAUUUUUUUUCUUUUUCUUUUUGCAUUUGACAACUGUUACUAGACAUGCAGGCUGCUGGUUUUGUAUACAUCUUUCACGAUAAUUUUGGUACCAGGUAAAAGCAUAAAUGCACUAUGCUAUUAUCAUUUUAAGUAUAUAAACAAAGGGCACAAUCAAAAUUAUAAGUGCUCACUUCAAUCUGCAUUCAAUGAAUGUACUGGAAGAGAAUGGGGCUUAUGGAUUGCCUUUUGAAUUUCAACUGUCAAAAGUAUUUUU